AUGUCGCGGCAGAUGCACUCAGACGCCCCCACCCGUCCAGGCGGAGCAGGAGUUGGAGGUGACGGUGAAAAUUCGACAGAGCUCGUUCAGCAGAUUUUACGCGUACCUCGCGACCACGGAGUGGUCACAGUCUUCCGUGACAGCAAAAUACUCACCACAUGGGCCUACGCAAUGCUGAAGACCAAUUUAGUUUAUGACACCGAAAAAACGUUUCCAGGAGUUCUGACUAGCCUGUCUCGCUUGCCAGUGGACCGGCCGUAUCUUUACAUUCCUCACGGCACCUACCUUAACCUACCAGCUCACACAAGAGCUGUUAGCUGCUCUGUCAAGGUAACCCCUCAUGGUUUACGCACGCCAUGGAAGACUGGCUCUUCGGUUGUCCAACCCGUCAACUCUGACAUGCUAGUUUAUGGCCUUAGCUCCGUCGGACUGAACCACUACUUGGAUACCGGCAUAUGUCGUGUGAAGAAAGGCGAGACAAACAACCCGAUGAAGCCACAGUCUUAUUUACCAUUUCAGGAGAAGGACCACUCGGAUCUGGCUAAGAGCUACUGGGGUCUAAAGAUCACACCCGGAAACGAGGAUCACGAUGGCGAUGACGAAAAGAGCAUACCUGCGUGCAUGGGUGUACCACGUCACAACUUUGCUUACGACUUUAUUCACAUUGACAAGGCAAGUCCCCGCUUGACCAAGUUCGUAAACCAGUUUCCGUUCAAAGGUCACGUGGGCACACCUAUGGUCAACUAUGAGUACCAGUUUGGAAGUGACGCAUGGCUAAAGAUGGGUCCACUUAUAACGCGGGCAACGAGGCUGUCCACUCAGGAGGACCUCAAGCGGACACUCAAACGCCUUCGGUAA